UCGCUGCAACAAACACGAUGGUUCAUAGUACUGACAGUGUGUAGAGGGCAGCGCAAACCAACAGCCUGCUGUACAGGAAGGAGUUUCUGCUGACUAUACUCCUGUUUAUUCUACCGAUGUGACACCCGGAGAGAGAGAGAGAGACGGAGAGAGCGACAGAGAGAGAGAGAGAGAGAGAGGGAGAUCUGCUGUGCUGUCUGUGUGUCAGGAGCUGAACUGCAGGUGUGCGCAUUUGGUGCCCAGUUGGAGGAUAAUAUCUACAGCUGGGCAUGGAUUAUUGGUGCCCGCCUUCUCCGCUUUGGAUUUAGUUCACUCCACCACCCUGUGCCGCCUUCCGUCUCUCCUCCCGAAGUGCGCGUAGAACAGGUGAAUCCUGUUUCCGUGCUCAGCUUUCUCUCUCUUCAUCCACCUUUCACCUUUAUGGGGAACCAGGUGGAGAAACUAACACAUUUGAAUUACGCAGAGGUGCCAACGUCGGACCCAAAUGGGUUCGAACCGGACGACGACGUACCGAGGAUCGGCGUCUCAUACAUUUUCUCCAACGACGACGGUGACGACGACCAGGAUGACCACAUGGAUCACUUUUCCUCUGAAAACCACUCGGUUAGCCAUGAGGAGAAGCCCUUCGACCCACAGGACGAGCUUGAGUGCGCAGUCUACUACCGAGAGGAGUGCGUCUACGAGAGGAACACCGGAGACGCCACUCACUCUGCAGAAAGUCUCCUGAACAACUGCAGACCCGGAGACCUGCUGGAGUUUUUGGCCACUGGGCAGUAUCCUCACUGGGCUGUUUAUGUCGGCGACUUCCAGGUGGUGCAUUUGCACAGGGCUGAGAUAAAGAACAACUUCCUCACCGAUGUGAGUCAGGGCAAAAAAGGCCGGAUAGUGAACGGCCUCUACAGGUACCGUGCGCUCCCGCCGGAGGUGAUCGUGCGUAACGCCCUGGACCAUGUUGGCUCCAGAGACAGAGAGCUGUACUGGAGAAACUCUGAGUGCUUUGCUGCUUGGUGCCGGUUUGGCAAACGGGAGUUUAAAAUCGGAGGGGAGAUAAGGAUUGGAAAGCAGCCGUACAGGUUGAAAUUACUUUUUUCAGAGAAGAAGAGUCACGUCCUGGAGUUUCAGAGCCUAGAGGACGUGAUCAUGGAGAAGCGGAGGAACGAUCAGAUUGGCAAAGAUGCUGUAAUGCAAGAGCUUGCCAACCACCUGAACGCAACGCAUGAAAUCAAAGACGAGGAUUAUGUUAAGUGUUAAUGGUUGCUUGGGUCAUCUGGUGAGGAUUGGAGCUCUAAGUAUUACGGAGAAAUGCACAUUUUACAUGCUUAGAAACAAAGUAAGAGUGUUGCUGCUGAGGGAGCAUUUAUCCUUCCACUUAGCAAGAGCUCUGUCUGUGGACCCUGGUGCAUGUGUCACACUGCAACCAAAAGUAUAUCUUCAGAAGAUUAAAUUAAUCUUAGAAAUCCUCCUUUCUUUCCAAAAUGAGAGGAAAGCCAUGACAUCUGCGUAGACACUUCUCAAUUUUAUUUGCAAAGCAGAUCACAAGGUCAAAACAAAACUUGUGAAAAAAAAAACAUUUGGUCCCUCCUCCUAUAAUACAGAAUAGUAUUUACACACUCGAGGCAUGAUGAAGUGACUUUGUUUUGAUGGAUACAUUUGCAUUGAAGCUGCACCUGCAGUCUAGACACUUGGGAAUGAAGUUAGAAUUUAACUGCCCAUAAUUAUCUUUCUAAUCCAAUCAAUCUUUGCACACAGGAGCCAAACCUCUUAAAUGUUCCUCUACCUGAAGAGAGAGCUGAAAGUGCUCGCUCCUGCACAACUCAGGUGUCGCUGGAGAUCAAUAGAGAGAGGAAGAGACAGGACUGCGUGCUUUUAUUACUGUGUCAACCUUGAGGAUUCCCUUCUGUUGCUUUCUAUUCAAUCAUCACGCAGCUUUACUCACUGUGACCACUGUGCACACUACUCACUGUGCACUUGAUUCAGUCCUCUGAACAGUUUAUUUUUUUGAGAAAAAAAAAGAUGUUUGUAUGAAGGAAUAUGGAAAUAAAUAUAUAUUUGAACAGGAAA